AUGCCCUCCUCAACCCCCUCCGAGGCCCCCACGCCUGACAUUCGGGACGCCCCAAAGGACACCAGCGCCACACCCGGUAAACCCACCGCUCCUCCACCUCCCCCUCCGAAACAGGCCUCCAAGCCUACCGAAAAAGCGCCCGCAACUAACCCUCCCGCCCCAAAGGAGGCGGAGCUCUCCCAGGCCGAGACAGACCGUCUGGGAAAGCUGCUUUACGAAGCCGUUGCGGGCGUGAACACGGACUCGGAGGGUGAGGAGGAGGAGGAUGAGGAGGAGGGCGAGGGGGAGGGUGGGAAUCCUGCCGUGGUAAACACGGCGUAUAACGUAUCUGCCGACUCCAAAUACCUCGCAACCCGGUUCCCGAGACCACACAUCUCAGGUCCAACAGCUCCAUACCUCCAUUCCACGAAUAUCCCCAGCAGAAUAUUUCUUGAAGAAGAGGAAGAAGAGGAAGAAGAGGAAGAAGAGGAAGAAGAGGAAGAAGAGGAAGAAGAGGAGGAAGAGGAGGAAGAGGAGGAAGAGGAGGAAGAGGAGGAAGAGGAAGAAGAGGAAGAAGAGGAGGAAGAGGAGGAAGAAGGAAAAAUCAUGACGGGCAUGAUGUCAGGGACGGCCCUCAUGAACAAUUAUUUUGGAAAAGCGAGUGACAGGACACUACACGGCCCUUAA